UCGACAUGUCACUGGAGACGUGGUGUUUCCUGCCAGCUUCAGUCUGGAUCAGGGAAAGUGUAGGUGUGCAUAUGAAAAAGAAAUGGGUGUAUUUAAAUCACUACUAAAAUUGGUUGACAUUUAGCCAUAAUGUAUUUGUAAUUAUAUCUGAUCAAGUUUGAUGUAACGCCACGUACUAAUUAUAGCGGAUUCAAGAUUGUGUGCAGUACCAAGGAGUGAUACAGCAUCUUUAGAGUGGACAGCAUCCAUACCGUGAUAAGGACAAAAUGGCUGACAAGAGUGACCUAAAAGCUGAGCUGGAGCGCAAGAAACAGCGCCUGGCUCAAAUCAGGGAGGAGAAAAAGAGGAAGGAGGAAGAGAAGAAGAAGAAAGAGUCUGAAACUCAGCAGAAAACAGAGGCUGUCCCCGAAGACUCCGAUUUGGACCGUAAGCGCAGAGAGACCGAGGCACUUCUCCAGAGCAUUGGAAUCUCCCCAGAGCCACCAUUAGUCCCAACGCCAAUGUCCCCUUCAAAAUCAGUGAGCACACCGAGUGAGACGGGAAGUCAGGACUCAGUGGAUGGGACUACUGUAGGCAGAUAUAGGUCAGGUGGCAUUAGUAAGUACAAAUCAGACCCACGCAGUGAGAGGACCCUGCAGUGGGACACUGACCCUUCUGUUCUGCAGCUGCAGGCUGACUCUGAACUCGGACGUAGACUUCACAAGCUGAGGGCAUCUAAGAUAACCCAGGUGGAUUUCUUGCCCAGAGAAGUAGUCUCCUACUCUAAAGAGACACAGACUCCUCUGGCAGCUCAUCAGUCAGAAGAAGAGGAAGAAGAUGAUGAAGAUAACACUGAUCCCAAAGCAGGACUGGAGUCCGACAAGCAGGAGGAUGAGGAGAGCAAGGACAUAAAGCAAGGCCACCCGCAGGAGCUGACAGAGGAGGAGAAGCAGCAGCUAUUGCACUCUGAGGAGUUUGUUAUCUUCUUUGAGCGCAGCAUUCGUGUGAUGGAGCGAGCCCUUGCUGAAGACUCCAACAUCUUUUUUGACUACAGCGGCCAGGACCUUGAGGAUAAAGAGGGAGACCUACAGGGAGGGUCUAGUCUGUCCUUCAGUCGUCUGUUCUAUGAUGAGCGCUGGUCAAAGCAUCGGGUCAUCACCUGUCUGGACUGGUCCCCACAGUACCCUGAGUUAUUGGUGGCCUCCUAUAAUAACAAUGAGGAUGCCCCUCAUGAGCCAGACGGUGUGGCCUUAGUGUGGAAUAUGAAGUUUAAAAAGACCACGCCUGAGUACAUCUACCACUGUCAGUCUCCCGUGGUGUCCGUGGGUUUUGCCCGCUUUCAUCCCAAUCUACUGGUGGGUGGCACAUACUCGGGGCAGAUUGUGCUCUGGGACAACCGUAGUCACAGAAGGACACCGGUCCAGAGGACACCGCUCUCUGCAGCAGCACAUACUCAUCCAGUGUACUGCGUAAAUGUGGUGGGGACCCAGAACGCCAACAACUUGAUCACAGUGUCCACAGAUGGUAGGAUGUGCUCCUGGAGCUUGGACAUGCUCUCCCAGCCACAGGAGAGCAUGGAACUGGUAUAUAACAAGUCUAAACCAGUAGCUGUGACUGGAAUGGCAUUCCCUGCGGGAGACGUCAAUAAUUAUAUUGUGGGUAGCGAGGAAGGAACAGUGUACACGGCAUCCAGACAUGGCAGUAAAGCUGGAAUCUGUGAGAUGUUUGAGGGCCACCAGGGGCCAGUGACUGGCAUCAGCUGUCACAGUGCUGUGGGCCCUAUCGAUUUCUCCCACCUGUUUGUCACCUCGUCCUUCGACUGGACUGUCAAACUCUGGAGCACAAAGCACAACAAGCCGCUGUACUCCUUUGAGGACAAUGCUGACUAUGUGUACGAUGUCAUGUGGUCUCCCGUUCACCCCGCACUGUUUGCUGCAGUGGACGGAAUGGGCCGUCUGGAUUUGUGGAACCUGAACAAUGACACCGAGGUGCCCACAGCCAGUGUGAACAUUGAGGGAGCUCCUGCUCUGAACCGUGUUCGCUGGGCCUCUGGAGGCAAGGAGGUGGCUGUGGGAGACUCAGAGGGGCGUCUCUGGAUCUAUGACGUGGGAGAGCUGGCGGCUGUGCACGGUGAGGACUGGGCACGCUUCGCCCGUACGCUUGUGGAGAUCCGUGCCAACCGGGCUGACACUGAGGAGGAAUGUCCCGUGGAGCUGGCAGCAUAGAGACACAUUCUCCAAGCGCCUUUAAGACCAACACUGUCCCACACCCACAGCCCUUGAUUCCCAGACACUGAUUAACAUAGGCAACAGUGCACCACUGGUCACUUUUGUUUUCAUUAUAGUCAUCACUAUCUAGUAUGCAGAUUAGGUCAGCAGAAGGACCUGGCUUUGAAAUUCUGCUGUGCUAAAGUCUGUAAUUUCCAUUCAGCAGUUUUAACUGAUGUGAUCAAUCAGGCCAUUGCUUUAAACUCUUUAUAUCUAGGUCUUCAUACUUGACCAACACAAAGGCAAAGCCUGGAGUUGACUGACAUGAAGUAAAAUUAUAUUAUGCUGCUAAGGGUCUUAGUGAAGCCCAGAAAGAAGAGCAUUUGCUGUGCUUGUGCUGUGUGAAUAUUUUUAUAUUUAACUCCUGCAUGACAUACAGUAAGGGAGCAAGUCUUACAGAUAUUAUGCGAUUCUUUUAGCUGUUGCUAAAAUGCUCAGUCUUCUACGUGAGAUGUUUUGUUAGUCAAUGACAGUGUUUUGUGCUUAAUUUCAUUAUUUUAUCCAUACACAGGCCUCAUGGUCUCAUGGAUGAUCCUAAUGCUAGAAUAUAUGUGGCCAGGUGUUUCAUGCUUUAAUGCAAGUAAUAAAAUGAUAUACACUCUG